AUGGACCGAACGAACAUUAUCGACGACAACGAAGUCGCGCGCGCCAUGACUUUGGCUACGCCGAGGAAAGGCAAAGGAAAGGGUAAGAAAAAGGCUCCUGAACGCCACGUGAGCAGUACUUCAAAGCAGAAGAGUACCACUGUACCGAAUGCGAGGGCAAGGUCCAAAAGUGCGACCCCAGCUACACCUUCCACCCCAACGCGGGCUUCCGGGGCUAGGUUCUAUGAGGCGAACGGCUUGAAGAUUCCACUGUACAACAAAGACGGCUUAGGCAACAAAAAGAGGCCGUAUGCUCGCUUAUCCAAGGGUCUGCUCAAGUACAGCGUGGACGACUUACUUGACAUUGUAGAGCAGUAUGCAGGCGCGGAGAAGAGGCAAGAGCUGAAGGACGAGGGACUAGCGAAAUCAAGGCUCGCGAACUGGAUCGAAGAGAAGGAGACACUUGCUCUUGGACGCAAUCCGAAGUCGACAUUAUCUAUCGCAGAUGACAAAGAAGAAGCCGAUGAUGCUGAUGACGCCGUUUCCUUCCCAGCCCCCACCACCCCGACAUCUUCCAGUGUGAGAACACCGAUACAGGCCAAUGAACCCUCUAUACCCGCCAACAAAAAACAUGACUCGCCAAUUACAAUCAAAGGCAGUGGUACCUCCCGUCAAUCUAGUCACCGGAAGAGGAGCGCACCUGAUGAGCCACCGGACGGCCGGCCACACGCGAAGCUUCAGAAGCGUGACGCACUAACAAACACGGCUGCUACAAAUACUGGACAUUCGGCUGAGGAUGAGUUCACAGGCACCCUGGUCGACUACAGCAUACCAACGCUUUCGCAAACGGAAAAACAAACCUCGGUAUAUAACGCCAAAGGAUCCCGCCAAGAUGCUUUCAUGCAGGCCACUGGUAUGGAUCCUUUAGAUCCCGACCGCUCUUCGAUAAUCAUUCGCGGACGUAAUGAGGAUCGCGUGCUCACAGCGACAUCUGGCCAAGGUUAUCGCAAGGGCGAGACGUACUUCCAUGAGACCACAAUACCACAUCGCGCUACCAAGCACCACCAAUCUCCUUCCGUUCCAUACCUGAAAGAAGGAGAGCACGGACGUAAAGGUGACUUCCAAGCCGACAACGACCGGCGCACGGGCGUGGGCCAUCAAUUUGAACCGGACGACUAUCUCAAGUGGUCAGAGUUCAAGAACUUCCGCAGCGCGAUUUACGAGCAGUUUCCACACUAUCCAAAGCCGAACCAGGGGGUAACACUGGAUCUUGAGACUAAGAAUACAUGGGACACAUGGCAAAUUUGGUACGAUGAGUUCACGAAGAAGUACCCUGGCUAUGCCGUUGCCCACUUGUGGCCUUGUGGCUGCGAGAAGCGCCUCACCAAGCGAGACAACCACCUUACACAAAGGGAAACCCGAACAGGUCUGCAGACUACAUCAAGUCAAAAGCGUGCAAAGUGGGUGGCACAAUGUCAACGUAGACUGCAGGGUGUUCAGCUUUUCCCUACACCAUCAUCACCAGACAAGUCUACAAUGGGUCUGAAGCUCGAAAUCCCUCAGCUCGACAUCUCCAAAGAGGAAGAGCGCAAGCUCAAGAUCCAAAAAGCCGCUGCAAAACGCUGGGUGCCCAAUCUUCAAAGGCCUCCGCCUCAGCUAAAAGAGAUCAACGCUGCCUACAAUAACAAGCUUAUGAGGCAUUACACCGACGGAACUGCAGCACCGUCAGACAACAUCAUCAGACCGCCAAUCAGCAGGUCCGCCCGUGUCGACGCUUUACUCGCGACGCUCCCACUUCAACCGGCACAAAAGCUGCCAAAGCCACUCAGUCAAAUACAAGCCGAGCACUGCGAACAAGUCAGAGUUGCCGCACUUUUGGAGCCAAACAGGAAAAUCACAGAAGGUGCGUACGCCAAAGAAUUAGCGAAGGAAGCUUUUUCGUCCAAUGGAAAACCUCGAGACCGCAAAAGUCUCAAGCGCAAGAGGAAGGCGAAGACGAGUGGGUUCGCGGAGUCCACUGGGCAGGAUGGAGUGUGA